AAAAAAUAAUGUGGAUUGUGUGGAUAUAAAUAUGACCAAAUAUGUUUGCCCUUCUAUUGUACCGCCGCUACGUUACUGCCGACUCCACCUCCUAUUUCUCUCUCCUCUCUUUCCCUGCCUGCAACUUUCACCCUCCUCUUCCCUUUUCCUCGAUUUCCAGGACUGGCAAUAGCCGCGCUGUAGUAGCAGUUCGAUAAAGUGGAGUUUGAAUCUUCUUUUAUGUCUGAACGAGCAUCUCUCUUUUUGUCGUCAAUCGGAUUGCUUGGAGAAUACUGCCCCACGUCCAGAAAAAAGGAUAGUCAUACCUCAGGAAAAUCAAGUUGUAUGCAUAUUGAAGGCUAUUCUCUUAAUUGCUGGGAUUGCGCUUAUAUGCAGCCUUCUUUUCUUAAGAUAUCAGCCCUUACUCCCACUGCCUCUUAACAAACUCCAAUCACUUACCCUUCAUAAGUCAAGAUGGCACUGCAGAACAUUGGUGCUGGAAAUCGCGAUGACGCCUUCUACAGGUACAAGAUGCCUAGGAUGAUGACAAAGAUCGAAGGUCGGGGUAAUGGCAUCAAAACCAACAUUGUCAACAUGGUUGAUAUAGCAAAAGCCUUGGCUCGGCCUGCUGCCUACACUACAAAGUACUUCGGUUGUGAGCUCGGAGCUCAAUCCAAAUUUGACGAGAAGACUGGGAUCGCACUUGUCAAUGGAUCCCACGACACAGCAAAACUGGCUGGUCUUCUUGAGAUUUUUAUCAAGAAAUAUGUUCAGUGUUAUGGGUGUGGCAACCCUGAGACUGAAAUUCUGAUAACGAAAACUCAGAUGUUACAGCUUAAGUGUGCUGCCUGUGGAUUUGUAUCUGAUGUGGAUAUGAGGGACAAGCUCACAACCUUCAUUCUUAAGAACCCACCUGAAGUAAAGAAAUCAAAGGACAAGAAAGCUUUGAGAAGGGCUGAGAAGGAACGUCUAAGGGAUGGUGAAGCUGCUGAUAAAGCAUCGAAGCAGAAGAAGCCCUCCAAAGAAGGUGCAUCUAAAUCAACCAAGAAGAAGACCCACGGGUCUGAUGAGGAACAUUCCCCUACUGAGAGCCACUCAGGUGAUAACGAUCUUUCUGCAGUUGUUGAUGAUGAUGACGAGGAUGGGGACGAUGUUCAAUGGCUAACUGACACAUCUAUGGAGGCGGCUAAGAUGAGGAUAAAGGAACAACUUAGUGCAGUGACAGCUGACAUGGUGAUCCUCACGACUGAAGAGGAACCCACUAGGAAGAAAUCUCCACCUCGUAAACCAGAACCUGAAGUCAAAGAAUCAAAUGGUGCUCUCUCUGUUGACCCACAAGAGUCUCUUGUCAAGAACUUGAAGGAAUACCUGAAGAACGUUCCAACUGCAAACCAGUUGAAAACCCACUUAUCCUCGUGCUCAGGAACACCCCAAGAGGUAGUUGAUGCUGUAUUUGAAGCUCUCUUUGACGGUUUGCAGAAGGGAUUUGCGAAGGAGGUGAACAAGAAGAAGAAUUAUAUUAUUGCCGCCCUAGCUUACGCUGAAGGUUCACAGCCAGUCCUGUUGCAUGCCAUUGAGUCUUUCUGUGGGAAAGCAAGUCUCGAUGCUGUCAAGGAGGUUGCCGUGGCUCUGAAGUUUCUCUACGAUGCUGACUUGCUCGAGGAAGAAUCUAUUGUCGAGUGGUACGAGAAGGGGUCAACUGGCGACAACCAGGGUUCGGCUGUUUGGAAGUUUGUCAAGCCUUUUGUUGUGUGGCUCCAGAGUGCAGAGUCUGAGUCCGAGGAGGAGGAGUGAUUUCUAAUAUCCAGUUUUAUUAUAAUAUUACUGUUAUUAAGAUGCAAGGUUUAUUUCAGUUAUUUUGAAUUGUCUGGAAUAAAGUGAUUGAACAAUAGGGUGUUGGAAGUGAGUCAGCCACUAGCUGGAAAAUGUGGCAUUGUGGUGGUUGUGUCUGCAUGUUGCUUUUGUUCGUAGUGUCUUAAAUUAUGUCAAUGGUAUUGCUGUUUUGGUAAUAUAAUUGUUCUGAACAAUUUGUUGCA